CACACACGGAGACGCAACAUAUCUGUCACUGUCUCCUGCUUCAGUGAAAACAAUUUCAGUUAAUCCGAGAACCUUCAAUUCAGCUAACAGUAGCAUACAAUAUCUUUUUGGGUUGCAUUUACAAGUCGGCACACAGAGAAUUCACUUGAGUGGACGUAGGUGUGGACAGUGAUGGAGACUAUGGUGUAUUCAAUGGGUGGAGGGGCCACUAGGCUAUACAGCAACCUCAACAGCAGCAGCAGCCAUCCUCUCCCUCCGUCCUCCCUGGACCCCCACCAGCCCACAGACAAAAAGCUGGAUCCAGAUUUCUGCCAGGAGCAGAAGGGGUCCUCUUUGUGUCCCCCUGAUCCAGACGAACUGCUUCGCCAAUUCGAGGAGGCCCUCAAGGAUCGACCAUCUCGCUUCCACAGGAAGUUCACUUACCCCUCUAAUGGAGACAGCGCCUCCAGCAGCCCCAUCAGGGUGAUGCAGUGGAACAUACUGGCUCAAGCUCUGGGAGAGGGACUUGAUGGUUUUGUCCAGUGUCCCCUGGAGGCCCUAAGCUGGUCCCGAAGGAAGUACCUCAUCUUAGGAGAGAUCCUCACGUACCGACCUCACAUCCUGUGUCUGCAGGAGGUCGACCACUACUAUGACACCUUCCAACCAGUUCUUGCAGGCCUGGGUUACAGCAGUAACUUCUGCCCAAAGCCCUGGUCACCGUGCCUUGAUGUGGAAGGCAACAACGGCCCCGAUGGCUGCGCACUGUUCUUUGAUCAGUCACGCUUUGAACUCGUGGAUAGCGUGAACAUGCGUCUCUCUGCCAUUAGGAUUCCAACCAAUCAGGUCGCCGUGGUGAUGAUGCUGCGAUGUCGAAACACAGGGAGAUGCCUGUUUGUGGCCGUGACCCACCUGAAGGCUCGUUCUGGCUGGGAGUGGCUCCGCAGCACCCAAGGCUCUGACCUCCUGCGUCAGCUCCAGAACUUGUUGCAGAAACACACUGGCAGGCCAGUGGACGCCCCCAGCUCUGACAUUCCUCUGCUGAUAUGUGGCGAUUUCAAUGCAAUCCCAACUGAGGAGGUGUACCGCCGUUUCAUCACGUCGCCUCUCGGUUUGGACUCAGCCUAUAAGAAACUCAGCAAGAACGGUUUGACGGAGCCGGACUACACAACAUGGAAGAUUCGUCCUACAGGGGAAUGCUGUGCCACUCUGGACUAUAUCUGGUACAGUCAGGACACAUUGAGAGUGGAUGCAGUUUUGGACAUGCCUACUGAGGAGCAGAUCGGGCCAAACAGGCUCCCGUCCUUUAGCUAUCCGUCUGACCAUCUCUCCCUGGUUUGUGACUUCAGCUUCAAGGAGAAGGAAUGAAAAGGAAGCGAUGAACCAGCAGACGGGAAGGGACAACACUGUUAAGAGUCAUGGUUGGCUUCACUCCAGAAGCAAGCGUGCGGUGAGACGCCACGUGCGAGGAAACAAUGACAAGACAGGAGGCCGAGAAAACCGAAGUGGGAAGUUACCAAUUUCGACUGGACUUAUGAUGCUAAAAUUGCAUUUAAACACUGCAGUAACAUAGACUACCUCCCUAAAAUGUAAUUUAAUGUUAGUGUGUUUUCUGCACCAGAUCACUGUCCUCUACCUUCAUCUGUACUCCGACGGAAAAUACAAUGAAUCUGACGAGUGAGAUUAAAAAAAUAAUACAAAACUGUCAUUGAUUGAAAGUGUAGUAAAUGUUGAGCUUCAUACUGCUGAUGUACUACAGACUGACUGAGAAUAAACUGUUUUUGCUGUACUGUUUUUGUGGGUGU